GCCACAUAAAGGAGAAGAAGUGAAAUUUUAAAACACAACGUGAUUGACCUCUUCGUCGUUCGUAUCUCAACUCGACGUAUCACCUACUUUUCGUCUUAAAAUUUAAAAUUCGGAUUUUUUCGGCUGCAUGAGACUCCAAGUGGAACUUGAUCCAAUAGAAUACAACCGUGGUUUAUUUAUAAAUAAAUAUAUAUAUAUUUUAAUUAUAUAUUUGUUAGUUUAUAUACGAAUAAUAAAGACGUGAGUGACAAGAGACCUUGGAGAAAGUAAAGAAACUAAAGUGCACUCAGGCUUUAGUUUUUUUUUCUUUUUUGGCACGGUACGCAAAUAAGAUUUAGCUAAAAUGGUCGAAGCGCUCCUGGAAUCAGGAGGCCAAGAAGUCGCAGUCGCUGAUAAUGGAUCACGUGCUGGUACACCGACAGAAUGCUCACCGCAAAUAUCACAACUGGACAUAAAUUUAACUCCAACUCAGGAGUUUUAUGCUGGACAAAGUAUUUUUAUUACCGGCGGCACCGGUUUCCUGGGCAAGUUGAUUAUUGAAAAAUUAUUGAGAAGCUGCUCCAGUCUCACGGUCAUCUAUCUCUUAGUCCGUCCCAAGAAGGGUAAAAAUACUUACGAACGUGCCGAAGAACUUUUCGAUGACCCGUUGUUCGAGAGAUUAAAAGAAGAACAACCAAAAUUUCGUCAUAAAAUAGUAGCGAUGGAAGGAGACUGUAGUGCUCCGAACCUCGGAAUGUCCGAGAUUGAUCGUAACACGCUGAUAAAUCAUGUGUCAAUAGUAUUCCACAUUGCGGCAACGUUGAGUUUCGAUGAAAAAAUAAAACUUGCCGUCUCAAUUAAUAUUCAGAGCCUGCGGGACAUGAUUAGUCUCAGUAAAAAGAUGUCUAAGCUCAAGUCCUUUGUCCAUGUGUCCACGGCGUAUGCAUACUGCACAGAAAAAAUAAUUGAAGAAAAAUUAUACACCCCUCCAAUAGACGCAGACAAACUCGUUAGCUUGAUGAAUUGUGUCGAUGAUAAACUCGCCGAAGAAUUGACUCCACAUCUUUUAGGACAAUGGCCAAAUACGUACGCAUACACAAAAGCAAUUGCCGAGAGUGUGGUUGAAAAAGAAGCAGUAGGUUUGCCUAUUGGAAUAUUCAGACCGGCGAUUGUGAUUUCAACAUAUCGAGAGCCCAUAAAAGGAUGGAUAGAUAACUUGUAUGGACCAACGGGUGUUGCAGCUGGUGCAGGAACUGGUCUGUUACGUUCGCUUCACUGCGACGGAUCUGUGCACGCAAAUGUUGUUCCCGGAGAUAUGGUUGUCAACGCGUUAAUAACAUCAGCAUGUGACGUCACUGAAGUACACAAACAACAUAACUCUAAACUAGUACCUGUUUAUAAUUACGUGUCUCAGGACAACGCCAUCACUUAUGAUCAGUUAAAAGACAUGUCCGCUAAGUACGGUAUUAAUUAUCCAACAGUACGGGCUAUUUGGUACUACAGCUUCAGAAAUAAUAAACACAAGUUGAUACACUUGUUCUACGUUUACUUCCUACACUUGCUACCAGCGCUGCUGAUUGACGCAGCGACUCUUUGCAUGGGCAAGCGCCCGCGUCUUCUCAAGAUCUACAAAAAAAUUCACCGAUUUAUGAACGUCCUUAAUUAUUUUUCAACCCAACAGUGGACUUUCACCAACAAGCGCAUGAAUUCGCUGGUCAACGGACUGGACCCGCGGGACAAGGAAUUAUUUUUCUGUGACAUAAAAGAGCUUGUGUGGGAUACGUAUUUUAAAACUUAUCUACAGGGAAUAAGAGUUUAUCUAAUUAAAGAUCCGCUUGACACGCUACCGCAGGCGAGGAUCAAGUGGCAAAGAAUGUACUGGAUUCAUCAGUUUGUUAAAUUAGUUAUUUCUUAUUUAAUAAUUAAGUUACUGUGGAACUUGUUUUCGUUUAUUAUCAGGGUCUAAGUAUUUUAUUAUUAUUUAAUUAGCUUGGGUUUAGUUAGAAUAAUUUUUAUUUCGCUAAUAAUAAAAGAAAGUACGAGCAGAGAAAUGACAAUUGUAAAAAAUGUAACAAAGAAUAGAAGGCUGGCUCACUAAAAAAUUUACGAGUAUUUACGAUCGUAAUUGUUCUGUAAUUAUUUUACUGUAAAUUAUAUCUAUAUUUUAUGUUAUUUCUCUAUUUUUUGUAUCAUUUAUUUUUAAGUUUUUUAAUAA